AUGCGUAGCGCGAAGAUGUCGCGUGUCGCGUUCGCGACUGGAGGCAGCUUCGAGAUCGUUCACAUCCGUUUUCUGUCGCCUCACUUCGACUUCGUGGGAGCCUUGCUCUGUUGUAUCUGGUUCAACCUUCGACGGCCAAUCGUCUUCGUGUCUGCGAGAAGACGUCUGCGUCGAGAUGCAAAGAGCCGUUCCUGUCUAGAGCCCUCUCUUGACAUGGGAGGGUCUAAACGCGCAACGCUCGCUUCACAGCUGGCGUCGACUUCUGUGGAGCCUCGGCCGUGUGUAGUUUCCAACGAAGAAUCACGAAGUUUGCAGUUUCGCGCGACUGGCUUCGGCCGAGUGAACGUACGAGAACCUCGCCUGUUCUCAGGCCUUCUGAGUCCGUUUUCUGCCCGACGUCUCCGUACCAAAAAGGUAGAAUCGUCUCGCUUCGUCAGUGAGAAAGUUCCUCGCGGAUGUGGAAAUACACCUGCGUCGCGCCGUGAAAAAGACCGGAGCCGCCAUAGAGUGUUCUUCGUCCUCGCCGUCACCCUUUCCAUUUGA